AUGAAUAUGCGUGGAUUUUGUAUAUCAACAUUUGCUCAUGCAACAAUUAAUAAUGAGUGGACGAUUCUAUUUUUGUUUGUUAAAAGCCGCGAUGAUAUGGAAAUGUGUGAGUUGUCUUUUGACGCAACGCAGUUGACAAGGAAAAAAGGUGCGGAGAUAAUAGCUAUUGAAUUUGAAACGGUGUGGCAUCAGUGCGGUGGAUCAGUAUACCACGUCCGUCUCAACAUGAAAUAA